CAGUUUAUAAUUUCCUCAAUUAACACAUUAUUCCAUUCUCUGCCCUAAAUCCUCAGAUUGAAACCUCACUCUCCUUCUCGUCUCUCUAUCACCGCGCAAACCCUAAUUCUCUCCCCGUUAACGCGCCUCACCAGUUUGUCAGCUGGAACCUUUUUUUAUUCUGUUUUCUUCUGAAGAAGUGACCACAGCCACAAAAUGGAGGAUGAUUGGGAGGAAGAGCAAUUUGCCCCUAUUGAUCUUAAGUUACAAGAGCCGACUAAACUUAAAUGGGAAGAUGAAGAUGUGGAUGAAGAUGAUGUGAAGGAAUCAUGGGAGGAUGAAGAGGAGUCCACUCCGGCUCCUGCAGCACCUGCAGUAAAAACUACUGAAAAGGCUCCUAAAAAACCUGCUGAAAAGAAGGGAAAGAAAGUAGAACCAGUAAAGGAAGAACCUCUGGAUCCUGUGGCUGAAAAACUUCGCCAACAAAGAUUGGUUGAAGAAGCAGAUUACAAGUCCACUAAGGAAUUGUUUGGUGGAAGUAAUGAUGAAAAGAACCUUGAUACUUUUAUACCGAAAUCUGAGAGCGAUUUCGUGGAGUACGCAGAGCUCAUCUCGCACAGGCUUCGUCCUUUUGAGAAAAGUUACCAUUAUAUGGGUCUACUGAAGGCAGUAAUGAGAUUAUCAAUGACUUCUCUUAAAGGAGCAGAUGCCAAAGAUAUCGCAUCUUCGGUGACUGCUAUUGCAAAUGAAAAGAUAAAAGCGGAGAAAGAAGCCAAUGCUGGUAAAAAGAAGACAGGUGGCAAGAAAAAGCAGCUUAAUGUCGACAAACCUGACGAGGAUUUUGUUGCCGCUGAUCGAUAUGAUGCUUUGGAUGAUUUCGAUUUCAUGUGAAAUAUUUUUGUUAAGUUCCAUUCAGAUUAUUCAGUAGCGGGAUUCAACAUUGGAAGUUGGGACAAGAUCCUUCGGCAUACCCUUGUCAAAAAUUGAAGAGUUCUGUCCUGUAUUUUGUCCAAUAAGAGUGUGCAUCAGUGUCCUUUUUUUUCAUUGACAAUUUUUGUCACCAUUAUACUUAGACUUGGUCUUUCACUAGAUGAUUUACAUAAGUUAAAAGUUUGAAGAUGAAUGUGUAUUAAACAUUGGACAUCACUUUUACCUUGGGUACAUUCGUGUUGGAUUGUAAGAAUAGAAUUUGCUUUUUUUUUUCUUACUAAAAGAUGUUGAACAAGUUAGUCUAUUUGUCAAG